AGUUGUGAAUUUGCAUCUUCUUAGUUUAUAAUAUAUAUUGUGAGCAAAUUUGGUACUAGGUCAAAAUACUUUACAUAUACUUUUUUGGUGGCUGAGCGAAGCAAUGAUAUGGGAUUCAAUGAAAGCUCUAGGAAGCAAAUCACAGAGGCGAAGGGCGGGCUAACUGCGCUGUCUGCAGCCGCCGUUGCCCGAGAGUGAGAGGGAGAGACCCUAACGCGAUCUUGGAGUCGACGUGACAGAAGAGGGAAAAGGUAAAACCUAAUAAGGUAUUGCGGUUCGAAGAAGAGUGACAGGGAGAGAAGACAAAGGAUUGUCGGCAUGGGGAAGAAGAAGAAGAGGGCAUCAACGAAGGUGUUUUGCUAUUACUGCGAUAGAGAGUUUGACGAUGAGAAGAUACUGGUGCAGCACCAGAAGGCUAAGCACUUCAAGUGCCAUGUCUGCCACAAGAAGCUCUCCACCGCCAGUGGCAUGGCGAUCCACGUCCUCCAAGUCCACAAGGAGACUGUCUCCAAGGUUCCCAAUGCUAAACCUGGUAGAGAAUCAACUGAAAUUGAAAUAUAUGGAAUGCAAGGAAUCCCACCUGAUAUCUUGGCUGCUCAUUAUGGAGAAGAAGAUGAAGAUGCCCCAACAAAAUUGGCCAAAGCGGAGGCCUCGACCCCCCAACUUGCUGGCAUGGUACCUGGAUCACUAGGUGUUGGAUUUCCUCCUCAGUCUACAUUCAAUUUAGUGCCGCCAAUUUAUAAUCCUGCAUCUGCUGUGCCACCAGCUGGUUGGCCAGUUCCUCCUCGCCCCCAGCCAUGGUUUGCGCAGCAUCCAGCUGUUUCUGUUCCUCCACCUGCACCACUAGGAUUGGCACAACAACCUCUGUUUCCUGUGCAGAAUGCAAAUCCAGUUCCACCAGCAUCUACAUCACCUGCUCUUCAGCCACUACCACAGAUAUCUCCUGGACUGCCUUCAUCCUCACCUUCUAUUUCUGUAUCUCAACCUUUGUUCCCUGUGGUCGUAAAUAAUAAUGGACCUGGUCAAAGCUCACCAUUUGCCACCUCUAUGCCGUCAACAAAUAUUCCAUUAAGCUCGCAUGUAGAUCUCAAAAAUGCUGUCACUGCAAAUUCUAGCAGUACCUCCAUGGCAGGUGUGGCAUUGAUCAAUUCACAUUCUUAUGCCUCUGGUCCAAACACUAGUGGUCCUUCGAUUGGACCACCUCCUGUGAUUGCAAACAGAGCUCCUGCUGCCCAGCGGCCUACUAACGAGGUCUAUUUAGUAUGGGAUGAUGAAGCGAUGUCCAUGGAGGAAAGAAGAAUGUCCUUAAUGAAGUAUCAGGUGCAUGAUGAAACUAGCCAGAUGAGCUCAAUAGAUGCAGCAAUAGACAAGAGGAUAUUAGAAAGCAGGCUCGCAGGUCGUAUGGCUUUUUAGAGUGGUUGGCACUGAUCCGUCAUUUCUAUCGCGGGAAUCAUUAUUCUAUUGGGGAGGUCUUUUAAUUGUUGGUGAUUGUUGUAUUUAGAAGAGUUGGUCGUGGUUCUGUUGGGAUCUCUGGACUCGGGAAGUUCUGUUUCAAAUGGGGAUCCGUUGACCUAGUUUGAAUUUGUGUUGUAUUUUUGAAAUAAAGGGUUUUAUCUUAUAGAGAAUUGCAUUCUUUCUUCACUGGCAUGUUGUCUAAAGGGAAGCAAAAUUUGGGAUCUCCCUUUAUGAUCACAUGCAGAUGAUUAGGUUAUCAAGUUGUUAUACUGCAUUUUUUUUUUUUAAUGGUAGUUACUUUGGUAUUCA